CUUCCCACUACCAUGUCCCUCUCUAACAAGCUCGCCAUUACUGACCUCUCGCUCGCCGGGAAACGCGUUCUCAUUCGUGUCGACUUCAACGUUCCCAUCCAGGAGGGCAAGAUAACAAAUCCCGCCCGAAUCGUAGCAGCCCUGCCCACCAUCAAGUAUGCUCUCGAGAACGGUGCAACGACCGUCGUUCUUAUGUCUCAUCUCGGCCGUCCUGAUGGCAAGGUCGUCCAGAAAUACUCACUGAAACCUGUUUCCGUCGAGCUUGAGACGCUCCUUGGCAAGCCAGUCAUCUUCUUGAAUGACUCCGUUGGUCCUGAGGUCGAGAGUGCCGUCGCUUCUGCCCCUUCCGGUUCCGUUAUUCUCCUUGAGAACCUCCGAUUCCAUAUCGAGGAGGAGGGUUCAGUGAAGAAUAAAGACGGCACCAAGACCAAGGCUGAUCCUGCCAAGGUUGCUGAAUUCCGUGCAAGCCUCACCAAACUUGGUGACGUCUAUGUUAACGACGCCUUCGGUACUGCUCACCGUGCGCACUCCAGUAUGGUCGGUGUUCAGCUCCCUCAACGCGCGUCCGGCUUCCUCGUCAAGAAGGAGCUCGAGUACUUCGCCAAGGCCCUCGAACACCCCGAGAGGCCUUUCCUUGCUAUCCUUGGAGGUGCCAAGGUUUCAGACAAGAUUCAAUUGAUUGACAACAUGCUGGACAAGGUCAACUCUUUGAUCAUUUGUGGCGGUAUGGCCUUUACUUUCAAGAAGACUCUUGAAAAUAUCUCGAUUGGAAAUUCCCUUUUCGACCCGGCUGGAUCUGAGAAGGUUGGUGGUCUCGUCGAGAAGGCGAAGCAAAAGGGUGUUAAGAUUGUAUUUCCUAUCGACUAUAUCACCGCCGACAAAUUCGACAAAGAUGCAAAGACUGGCACCGCUACUGAGACGGAAGGCAUACCUGAUGGCUGGAUGGCUCUUGAUGUCGGCCCCAAGAGUCGCGAAUUGUUCCGUGAGGCCGUGUUGGAGGCCAAGACCAUUCUAUGGAAUGGACCCCCCGGCGUGUUCGAGUUCCCUGCUUUUGCGGCUGGAUCUACAGCUCUCCUCGACGCCAACAUUGAGGCCGCUAAGAAUGGGGCUGUCGUCAUUGUUGGUGGUGGAGACACGGCAACAGUUGUCGCCCAGCACCAUGCCGAGGACAAACUGAGCCAUGUCAGCACUGGUGGAGGUGCCAGUCUCGAAUUGUUGGAGGGCAAGGCACUUCCUGGUGUCGUCGCGCUCAGCGAGAAGUAGCAGUAAAAGGAUGAGAAGAAACUAAAUGUAUGAGAAGAUAGACUUUAUGUCAGUCCUUUCCAUGUAUAAGUAUUUAGAAGAAUAGCAGACUCGUCGCGCAA